AGAUCUCGCCAUGGGAAUGGGUAGCCCUUUGAACAAGACGAUGCCCUGCCCGAUUUUGGGGACUCUCGGACACGCCGAUGCCCCCCUCACCCUCCUUAUGCCGUAAGAACUCCUCGACAGUGUUAGUAUACCGCUACUCUAGGGUGUGCCUGAGAUACCACGAUCUAAACAGAGUACAUGGCAAGCCUCCUUUACUUGACAUCCCUUGAUACCCCUACAUAUCUCAAUACGCAUUCUCGCCGCGCCUUGCCAGGAUUCGCGAAUUCUCCGUUAGGUCGCUAUCUGGGCAGGCCUUCAGGCUAACUCACCGCUUCAUCACUCACCGAAGUUACGUUUCUUGUACAUGUCAGCUCGAAAGUCUCCUCGCGCAUGCUCCGUUGAUGCUGGCACUGGAGUGGAAACCCCUCCCCACCGGUAACUUGGGUGGGACCCGCGAUCAUCCUCCAACCUUUCUGUGACAUAUGAAGUGGAAUGACCACCUGCUAAUCACCCCUAAAACCACGGAAGUUCGUCUUUGUUGCACUGUUCGGCCCGUCAAUAGACGCUCCUUCCUCCCCUCCUUUGUACACACCGACACCGGUCUCUCGCCAUAGGCAUGACUCUCAUUGUUGGCGGCCGUGCCCACCAUAGAGCGACCGACCCGGUAGCGCGAAUUCUGGAUAUUAGUCGGGGUGCCGUGAAAGGGGACCUCCGAACAGAAAUCGUGGAGGGUCUCCAGGCUGACCCAGCCCAGUUACCCUCGCUGCUCUUGUGGGAUGAUGAUGGUCUGCGGUUGUUCAACCGCUUGGCCCAGUCCGAGCCCUAUUAUCUCGGGAGGAAAGAGGGAGAGAUCUUGAAGAAACAUGUCGCGGCCAUCGCGGCGCAAAUUCCAGCGGGGACGGUGAUCAUUGAAUUGGGAUGUGGGGAUCUGUACAAGACGCGCUUAAUUCUUUCGGCCCUCGAACAGCAGCGUCGCGCCGUCUCCUACUUGGCGCUGGAUGUCUCAGCCCAGGAGCUGUCCGCCAGUCUGGACGCCCUGGAGCAGGAGUUUGUGGGUGCUGCUUAUGUUGACAUCCGUGGACUGCAUGGGACAUAUGACGACUGUGUCCACUGGAUUGCCCAAGGAGCACCCCUCAGGAAACAUGUCACAUUCCUUUGGAUGGGAAACAGCAUGACCAACGGAGGCUUCGACGGUGCGCAGUCCGUCUUGCGAGACGCGGCAGCAGCCUGUAAACGCAGUGGACUUGGGGCCCAAUUCCUCGUCUCGUGCGAUGCGUGUCAGGACCCAGUACGCCUCAUGGCGGCGUACGAUGCCGCCGCGCUGCCCCUACGGGAUUUCAUUCUUCAUGGGUUAGAUAGCGCCAAUCGGGUGCUAGGGCGGAUUGUCUUCCAGCCGGCCGAUUGGACGGUGUACACGCAGUAUGAUGCAAAGCACAGUAUGGUCGAUGUCUCUUACACGCCGAUACGGGAGCUAGUCUUCCACGUGGAAGAUGGACGGCCUCCAGUGUCAUUGCAACCAGGUGCCAAGGUCCGCGCCAUAACAAGCGGGAAAUGGUCCCCUCAGCAAAUGGACGCGGUGGCCCACGGCGCACACUUGCAAAUCGAGCGGACAUGGAUGGACGACGACCAAAUCUAUGGUAGGUGCAAUGACAUCCUCGGCGGCCUCGACGACGCAAGCUGACCAAUGCCCAGGAUUCUAUAUCUUGCGCCCGCAAAGUCCGGCCAAGUGCUCGGUAUGUCCUCCCAUGUCAUCCACAUGAACGGGCCCAGGGCGCCCAUGCUCCGAAGGGAUAUCGUGAAUGUCCUAUGACCCAUCUGGGACCAGUCAGUGGCCGUAUUGGGCCCAUCUUACGACCAUUGACGCGCGCAAGAUAACUAUGGCGUCUGAAGACGUUGUCGUUCCUUCUUUCACCAGGGAAUUCCACUGAGAACUAAGAGAAGUCUCAUCUUCGAACGAAAGGGCAUGCCAGAUGACGUAGCGGUUCUACUGAACUAGCAUCUCAGAAAACAAUGCAA